UGGGGAUCGGUUGAACUCGUGCGCCCUCUGCGGCGAGGACUCAGGGCGGCGAUAUAGGCUUUCGCCUACGCCUUGAUGUUGGACGAAGCGCACUGCAGACAUCUGCGCAAGCCCCGUAAUGAUGAGGGACGUGUAUGAGUAGUGUAGUUGAAGAUGUCGUGGCGACGCUGGCAACCUGGCAUCAUCUCAAUGUGUGGUUGUAUAUACACGCAAGUGGUUCGCUGUCAGCUUGUGCCUUGCUUUCGUGUGCUUCUGGACUAUGAUCCAUUCGGCAACAAGCCGCUAUCAUGUUGCUCCUUCUGUAGGAAUAAUUGUCAUGAGGCCAUGCAGCUAUGUCGGGAUUGCGAAGAUAUCUCUUUGGCCCAUUACCCUGCCAAGAUUGCUGAGGUCGGCGACAUCAUCAUAUCUAGUCUGUACGGGGCGAAGUCGAAACCCUCACAGGAAUCAGAAGCGCGACUCGCUUUGAGUUUGAUUAGGGUUCCUUCCCUCUGACUAUCAACAAAGGCCGUUUAACGACCGAAGAUGACCACUCUUUCUUUUCAUCUUUGGGAUGACUACAGUCUUAUCAUC